AUGUUAAAUUAUGAAUUAAAUGAGUUUGUUAAGAAAGCAUAUAAACACAAUUUAUUGAGUAAAACAAUUUAAAAUAUCCCUCAAAGCUCCAUUGAUAAGGAAGUUAAGGAUAAGAAAUUAAAUAGCAAGCGUAUCUGUAAGCAAAGAUUAAAAAAGGAAACGAAAACAAUUGAAAAUAUUUAGUAUUAAAAAAUUAGUGAAGAGUUUACAGGUAGGAGUAGUUCUAAACUCUCCAGCUCCAUCAUGAUACGACAAGAGAGAAGAAAUACAUAAUCACCUUAGAAAUUAAUGAGAAUUUUAUCUAUUUCCUAAGAGGAAGUGCCUCAAUAAUUAGCUGAUGUAUUGGGGGAAAUCAGUAGAAUUGAAUUGGAAACAGAUAUCAAAUUAAGAUGCAAGACAAUCUAGGUUAGAAACAUACGGAUAAAAAAAUAAUAAUUAGUUAAGUAUUUAUAAAGGUAUUACCCUGAUGUUAUCUGCGAACAAAUUGCAAAAGUAUUCAAAAUACCUCAGAUCCUAAGCUUCAAUUAAUAUUAAUAAUGGAUAUAGAAAAUAGAAAAUUUGGAUUUAAAAUAGUAAAUCCGUCUGUGCUUCUUCGUUUAUGAUAUCAAUAACUAAUCCGAGAUAACCACCAAUAAUUUAGUUGAACUAUUAAAAUAUAACACCAAUCCAGCGAUAGAAUUGGAUAUCCUCCACAUGAUUAAAUAAACAAAGGCUCAAAUAUCAAAUCAGAUAAAUAAUGAUAUUAAACAAAUGAACUCCUUCACAUUGCCCCUUAGUGUUUUGAGAGUCAAAUUAGAUCAAAGUGUGGUUCUCUAAUAAAGAAGACAAUCAGUAUUGUCCAAUGAUGGUAGAGGAAGACUCUUUGGUAAGAUCAGUCAGAGAAACUCAUUUGAUUUAAAUAUGGACGUUGAUUAAGAUAGCUCAAAUCAUGCUAAGAACACUCCUACUAAGAAAAAGGUAAUGUUGAUUACUUAAAUUAAUAAUAAUAAUGAGUAGGAUUAUGCUUUCUCAGGCAUUAUAUAAAAUAAUAAAUCAGAAAAGAAGAAAAAGAAAAGCAAAAUAUUAAAGGAUGAAAAUAAAAUUAGUAUAGAUUUGAAUGGAUUUCUUAAUAUUUGGUUUCCCCAAAAACCAAAUCUAUUUCAUGAUCUAUUGAGAAUUUUAACUGCUAAGCCAUGA